AUGUCCAACAAGCGGUUCUUCGGGAGAACGUCAUUCAGUGCUGCCAACCUUCUAGGACCCAACGUAGAUGUGUACCUCGAUCCUAACGGCGAGAUAUGCGCUGGAGGAGAAAAUAUGAAAGACGCCUGCACGCAAGAUGGCGGUUCUCCACUAGUAUGUCCCACCAGUACUGGAACCUACAGCCUAGCUGGGUUAGUCAUAUGGGGCAAGAACUGCGGAAUGCCUGGAGUUUAUGGAGUAUACGUCAGCGUACCAGCCUAUCUCACUUUUAUCCAAAGUAACUUAGCUGCGACCGGUUGAACAACGAUAACCAAAGGAAACAUCAAUGUCAAAUGUUCUAGAAUUGGAGGAGAAAUGCAGCCGCGGUGGUGCAACAUUUUAUACAGUACUUUUCAUAAAGGUCUCUGCUUUUUGAGGGGAUCAAUAUAGCAAGAUACAUGGUGAUGACAUUUUUUGUACCUAAAAUCUACCUGAAUAUGCAAUGAGCUAUGGGAUAUUCACUUUAAAAAUUUUAGACGUCCGUUUAACAACUGCUAAAAGAAGAAGAUUGAUAUAGCAUACUGUAGCGUUUUGAUGGUUGAUUUUUGAGUUACAAGCGAUUAAAUAAAUGUACAAAACACUCAACUUUUAAAACCCGCCAAUAAUCCAUUUUGGAAGCUAGUGACUUCAUACUCUAGGAAUAAAACGCACUCCCAAUGAGCUUAAAAUGAGAUAUCGCACGAACCGACCUUCCAUUUAAAAAAAUGUGAACACGUAGCUGCAAAAGGACCAUGCACAAAACUUUUGGCAAAUGGGCCCCAUUCAGUAUGAUAUACAGGGUGUUGGAAAAACAGACAGAUAUUUUAGAGGGUGAUUCCUUGUUGAAAAAUAUGAAAAAGUAUCUGGAAAAAUAUUUUUCGGAUCUGCUGAAACUCGGC